AUGUUUUUGAUAGAGAUAGAGGAUGCCAUGCUGAUGUUUGAUAAGCAGACAAACAGACACAGAGGAUUUGGCUUCGUCACCUUCGAAAGUGAGGACGUUGUGGACAAGGUUUGCGAGAUUCACUUCCACGAGAUAAACAACAAGAUGGUGGAGUGCAAGAAGGCCCAGCCCAAGGAGGUGAUGCUGCCGACCAGCGUGGGGCGCGGCCGGGCCGGCGGGCGCGGCGGCUACGAUCUUGUUUGGUCGCUGGGAGCGCUCCCGGACGGUAUCCAGGCAGCUUACGCCGCUUAUGCUGGGCGGGGCUACGCCAGUUACCCGAGUUUUGGGUUUCCAUACCCCACAGGGCUAACUGCAGCAAUUCACCUAAGGCAGGACUCCCAGCCGGCCCUCAAAUCUCAAACCAGCAAUGCUCUUCCCCAUUAUCGUGCCGUCCAUGUCCUUUCACCGGGUUUCCCCGCCGGGUGUGGCUACUUCCCCUCAGCCACAGGAGCUUCCAUCACAGGCGUGUCCCCUCAAACCCCCACCCCCGCUGACGGGUUCAAGGCUGCUGCUUACUAUGACUCUGGUGCAGUAGCCACGCCCACACUGACGCCCACGGCCCCCAUCACACCCACACUCACGGGCGAAGUGACCGAGGAAAUGUUGCCUUACCAUCUUCAGGCUGAGCGACUCGCGGCCGGGACUUAUUAUGAUUCCGGCACCCUGGCCGCCGCCGUCACCAUGAGCGGGGCGGGGCCGGACCAGAGGGGCCAGCAGCCUAUACAGGUGACCGCCGCUGCCCCGCACUCCAGAGCCGACCACAUCAACUCCUCACCCAUGCUCAGGACUACAGUGAUGAACAGCUUCCCCCAGGGGUACGGCCCCCCCACCUCCCCCGCCACGGCCACGAGCAGGGGGUUCGGGCACACCGGCUCCCCGGGGCCCAUGGAUGUGUUCUCGGCAGCCCCGGGGGACACGGCCGUGGGCUACGUUCAGGCCGCCUCCCCACAGCCCUCAUCCUUCCCCGUCACUGUCAACCGGGGACCCCUCAUAGCUGCUUAUGCUAAUGGAUAUCAUUGAGGAUCUGGCCAGUGUAUGGUCAGCGUUGCAUUGUAGACAACUUAGCAGGUGGGAGCAGGUGUUUGGGUGCCCCUCCCCCCCCCACACCUUUGCGUGGGGGGGGCAGCUCUUCGAUGGAGCCUCGCUGUCUGGGUCACCACCACACCACCACCACCACCAUAACCACCACACCACCACCAUAACAACCACCACCACCACUACCAUAACCACCACUACCACUUACCUCCUCCUACUACAACUACUACUGUGACUGUCUGCUCUUGUCCUUGUCUAUUACUACUGCCACUACUUCUAUUACUACUACUACUGGUAUUGCGGCAAACAACUUCGGUGGAUGUUAUUUUUUUGUUUUUUACUUUUAAUUGAAAUGAAGUUUAAUCAUAAAUAUGCAACACGUAAUCCCCCUCCUCCUCCUCCUCCCUCUUCCUCCUCUUCCUCUUCUCGUCUCCCUCCUCCUCCUCCUCUUCCCAUCUUCCUUUCUUACCGCUUCAAGUCAUCGUUCCAUUUUUUCUAAUUCUUUCUCUUUAUUACAUUUUCAUCUUUUUCCUACUUUUGUCUUUUAUCGCUGUGCCUGUUCUUCCUCCUCCUCCUCCUACUCUUCCUCCUCCUCCUCCUCCUCCUCCUCCUCCUCCUCCUCCUCCUCCUCUUCCACUCAUCCUCCUCCUCCUCCUGCUCCUGCUUCUGCUCCUCCUCCUCCACUCUCCUCCACCACCAUCUCGCAGCCCCUACCUGGCGGAACACACACACACACACACACACACACACACACACACACACACACACACACACACACACACACACACACACACACACACACACACACACACACACACACACACACACGGAGGCGGCGACAACGGUCCGUGAAUCAAGCACACCACGGACAGGUACAGGGGGGGCACACCUGUCUGCCCCCCCUCACCCCAUCGCCCCCCAGCACCCCGCACCCCGCCUCUUCCCGGGGUGUUGUGUUGUUCUGUCGAGUGUUGCGUCAUCGGGGCUCCACGAGAGAGAGAGAGAGAGAGAGAGAGAGAGAGAGAGAGAGAGAGAAGCGGUGACCUCUUUCCAUUCUCCCUCAGAAUCUUGUUGUUUGCAUGUGAGAAAUAAAAAAAGUAAUAAUAAUAUUAAUGAUAAUAUUAAUAAUAAUAAUAUUAAUAACACUACUACUGGGAAAGCAAAAACCUAAAAACUCUUUAAAAAAACGUAAAAAAAAAUACUACAAGUGAUGAUUUGGAGUUGGUAUUUAUAAAUAUAUAAAUAUAUAUAUGAAUAUAUAAAUAUACAUAAGAGUAUACAUGUAGUGGACUGUGGGUAGUUUUUGUGUAUAUAACUUAGUAAGAAGAUGAAUAAUUUUUCCUCCGUGUCAGCGGGGAGAAAAGAAUAUACCGAAAACGGAUUUGGUCCUUACCCUCAAGAAACAGUUCAAACGCUGACGAUCUCGCCACCGAUAGACAAACUCAUGUUCACUCCUCGAUAGAUACAGGACUGACUCUUGUUCACUCCGAUAGAUGCAUUAGACGACAAAGUUUAAGUAAAUAUAAAAAAAAAAAUUGUACAGGGUAAAGAACGACGUCAAGUGAUUGUGUUCUUGUGUUCGUUUUUUUUUUAUCAUUGUAUCGUUUUAUUUUGGUUGUGUGGUGUUUUUAUUUCUAUUCGUCUGUCUGUCUUUUGUUCUCUUGUUCGUGUGUGAGGAAGAGUAAUAUGUUGGUUGUAAUAUUAUUUGUUUUAUUGCUUGGGUCAGGUCAGGGAAGAGAAGGUCAGGUCAGGAGGCUGCGAGCGGUGACCUGCUUGCUAAUUCAGAGUAAUAAUAAUAACCAGGUCAGAACAGGUCAGCGACGCGUCUGAAUGACCUGACCUCAGUACUGUUGUUUAAGACUAUUUUUGUACACUUGUUUGAAACACGAAGGAACAAACAAAACAAAACAGGAACAAACAAGAGAGUACAUUGUUUAUUUUAAGAAGGUUGUCGGUUCUGGUUUGAUACAAAACUUUCGAAGCAAAAACACUUUAAAAACGUCUAACGAUUCAUUCAUUCACUCAUUCAUUUCCUCGCCUGAAUGUUUACGUUGUUAUUAACCAAGUGUAUGUAUGAUCACUCUGCUUCAGCAUUGCAAGUAUUGUAUAAUAUAUAUAUUUUUACGUAAGUGAAUGUAUCUGUAAACUAAGAGAGAGUAGCACGAUCCAUUUUUUUUUCUUAUCAGGCGUAAGUAAACUGAGGAACAUACUGUAACCCCGCUCACAUUGGAUCUGGCGGACAGGAUUGCAUACCUGGCGAAGCACACCUGCCCAGAACGAUGCUAAUGAUGAUGAUGAUGAUGAGAAAGCUAAAAGAAAGAAAUGAUAAAGAACGUACAAUGCAAGAAAUGGAGUUGUCUAUGUGAGAAAGCAAGGGAUUUAGGCCUAGAAACUUUUGUAUCCUUGUUUAGGUUAGUUGGUUUGUAUUUCUUUGUUUGUAUUUCAUUGUAUUUGUGUUUGUGCCGUUUGUGUGUUCUCUUUGCAAGCCGUUUCGUGUGUCCUGGGAAAACACCUGAGAGCAGUUUCCCUAAUUAGAACACCUGUUGGCGGCGAUCGCACCUGUCUUCGCCCCCCUUUGCAUGUGUGUGUUUGUGUGUGCGCGUGUGUGUGCGUGUGCGUGGAAGAAGGGGAGGAGCAGCAAAUAGAAAACGGAGACAGGUGUUCCGCUGACGGGGUUCGAAACGGUGACUGCAUUAUUAUUUCUGUUCUCUCGCUGUCGUUGUCGCGUUGGUUUCCUCUCCUGGUUUUGGUUGAUGUGACAGUCGGCUUCGCUGGUUGUAUUUAUUGCUCUAUUUUUUUUCCUUCGAGCCGCCCAAAGUAUGACAUAAGGUGAGAGUAUAGUUCGUCUUUCAACGUAGCGGAAAACCUAGUUGGCUCAGUGACGGUAGUAACGUAAAUAGCGUAACUGAUAACUCAUAAUCCAUCUUUUGUUGUAAAUUAGACGUAACGUGAAAUCCGAGACUCUCAUUUUUUUCCAAGCAUAUAAAUAAUUAUAAAUAUAUAUAUAAUUCCUUACGUACAUACUUACAUACAUACUAUAUAUAUACCUAUACAUAUAUGCAUGAAGAGAUAUGCAUUUGUUUUCUAUUCAAAGUUUUUAAGUCCAGUGGCGUUAAGGAUUAUAACCAUUCUUACCUGAAGGCGUGAAAGUCUUAGCUAAAUGUUAGUACUAUUAGAGAGAGAGAGAGAGAGAGAGAGAGAGAGAGAGAGAGAGAGAGAGAGAGAGAGAGAGAGAGAGAGAGAGAGAGAGAGAAUGUCCACUAACACCCAGUCGUAAACGCGGCAAACAAACAAAGAGACAAACAAACAAACAAUCAAACACCUUCCUCACUACAUCAUCUUCUUUCCGUCUCAUUGUUCCUCUCUUUCAUCAUUGUUUCUUCGUCUCUUGUUUUUUUUCUGCCAUCCUCCAAAUUUUCCCUUUCCCCCAUUUGCCUCCACCUGCCCUCCGUCCCUCCUCCCCCUCCUUCACCUUUUCCUCCCCUUCCCUUCCCUUUCUCCAUUAGACACAAUUGUAGGAAACACUAUUCUGAUCUUAAUUCAGGGUCGAGUGUGUGUGUGUGUGUGUGUGUGUGUGUGUGUGUGUGUGUGUGUGUGUGUGUGUGUGUGUGUUGCAAGAGAAUAUAUUUCAUUCUCAGUCUAACAUUUGUCAGUUUCUUAUAGUUUUCUCACAUUUACCCCUCCCCCUCCUCCUUCUCCUCCUCCUUUCCUUCCUUCCUCCUCCUCCUCCUCCUCCUCCUCCUCCUCCUCCUCUGAUUCAAUGAAGUGACUGUUAGUGUAUCUGUGGAUUGUAAGAAAAUGACCUGACUUUUGUAGAAUGACUGUACUAGUGACUGUUGCAAUUUAGCUGAGUGACUGUCGGAACGGAUCUGCGGAGUGAGUGAGUGUUGGUAUUAGCGGAGUGACUGGUUAACGUUAGCGGCGUGCGUGUGUCGGUGACGUUAUAAAAGUUUGUUGUAACACUCGGACUCUUAAAUGUUGCAUCGUCCUUUCCGUGUCUUGUUUCGUUACGUACACCGGUGAUAUUAUAGCUGGCAGACCCUUCUUUUAACGAUGAAGCGAGAGUGAGGGAGAGAGAGAGACGGAGUGAAGGAGAAGAGAGAAAGAGAGAAGGAAAGAAACCCCCAUAAACACACAAACACAUAUAAAGGAUAGAAAGACAAACACAGACUUAACACAUUGCCGUUUGUAUUUUUUGACACAUAGAAUUUAGAAAGGAAACAAUCGAGAGAAAAAAAAAUCUAGCAAACACGUAGACACAAAUAUGGAAAAACUAAAUAGAUUAAACACGAUUCCAAUAGUCAUCUUACCAUACAUAGGAUUUAGAAAGGAAAAAAAAAUUGUACGUAGAACACACAAACAUGCAAAAAACUAAAAGUGAAACCGAGUUAUUCACGGCUCUUUUUCGUUUUACUUUGAAAGAAAACGAACCUCUGAGAUAAUUCCUUGAAGACUUACCGACUAACUUAACCAUAAAAAAAGAUUCUCUAUGCAACUGUUGAUUAUUAUAUUUUGCGUUUAGAUCUUUGUAUUAAAAAAUCACUAGCACAGAAACCCCAAAUGUAGAGAACCGUAGAGAACGACUGAGAGAGAGAGAGAGAGAGAGAGAGAGAGAGAGUCUGUGAGUUGUGUACAUAUAAGAAGCAAAAACAGACGUAUUAACUAGACUGCAAUUUUCGAAGGCGAGUAUAUUUUUUUUCGUUGGUAACUUUGUUGGAACAGAAUGACAAGAGGUCUGGAUGCAACAGUCUGGUACUGGCAACACUGUAAGGGACGCUGGCAACACUGGUACACCUAUAUUAAAACGUACCACGUGUUCUUUAAGGAAUAAGAAAUAAUAAUAAUAAUAAUAAUAAUAAUAAUAAUAAUAAUAAUAAUAGUAACGUAUUCAUUAAGAAAUGUUUAAUACUACUAAUACUAAUACUAAUACUCCUCAAUGUUUUAAACACACACACAUACAAAAACCUUUAAAAACACACGUUGUUGAUCUGUAGCGUUUUUCCCGCGAGAGAAAGAGACACAAAACGAGAUCAGAGAAACAGUGACGGAGAAAGAGAGAAAGCGAGUGAUAGACAGAGAGAGAAAGAAAGAGAGCGAGCGCAACACCUGUUACCUGCCCAGAAAGGUGUUACUGGCAGCGAGGCGAAGCGAGGGUGACGUGAUUUGCAAGCCGUCACGUCACGAGCCUCAGAGCCCUAAAUCCGGGUUCCUGGGAGUCGAAGCGCAAGAUUUGGCGUAUUGGCGUACCGUGAUGGCGUCCCUACCCCCCUGACGCCCCCCUGAUACUUCCCCCAUAACACCCCCUGACACCUCCCUAACCCUCCCAUGACACACACACACACCCUGACCCCCCUGAUCCCCUGUAGCCCCCUCCCUUCACCCUUUAACAAAACAGGAAGAGCGGCUGACGUUUUCGACUGACACACUGACGCCGGACUGUCAGGCUGUCAAUGCGGGUGACUGGGAGACAGUUUAAACACUUCAGGCAGACAGACAGACAGACACAGGCAGACUGGUGAGCUGGUCUGGCACCCUCUCGUCUGUCUGUUCCCAAGCGGGGUUCUGGGCUUGCUGGGAGCGGCGCCUUGCUCCUGUGCGACGGUUCGGUUCAUGGGCAGCGCUGUUACCUACCUGCCGACACCUGUAGUUGGGUUAAUUAAGUCACCUGUGGGUCUGUACAGGUGAAGAGCCAGGUAUGUUUCCUCCUCCUUCCUCCACACCUCCAUGACACACCUUGACACACCUGUACACACACACACACACACACACACAUACACACACACACCUGCAUUGUUAGGUCACCUGUUCAAACUUUGUAUAAAUAUAGCCGUUGUUAAUUUAUGGUUAAAGAAACAAAUAUAUUACUAGUUAUAAAUACCACAUAACCGACUGUAUAAUACCGAUGAUUAUUAUUAUUAUUGUCAUCAUCGUAAUUAUCAUUCACGCGAUCCUUUUUGCCCUCCUUUUGUAAGAUUAAUUAUGGACCUUAUUUUUUUAUAGUAAGGCGCCGUCGUUUCCAUGGCAACCGUAUCACUUCUGUUGUUGUUAUUGCUGCAGCGCGUUGAUUGGCCGAGCGCCUGUACGGGCCAGCCAAUCAGAGGCGGCGCUGGCGAUGUAAACAAAAGGUGUCACGUGUUUGCCAUUCAUUCAGGGCGGAGCUGGGCGGUGUGUGUGUGUGUGUGUGUGUGUGUGUGUGUUUGCGUGUGUGAGUGAGGGAGGGAGAGACGGGUUGGAGGGAAGAGAUGGAGUUAUUCUACCUAACCCUUUCCCUCUUACCUCCCAUUUCUAUUUUAUUUUCCUCAGCUUUCUCACAUCCUCAAUUUCUUCUUAUUUCUUGUUUUCUUUCUCCCUUCUCAACCCUCUAUAUGUAUUUUCUAUUUACUUUCCUCCUUCCCCGCUUUUAUUUACCUCCUUUCCUCCCUCUUUACCUUCCGUUCUUUUCCUCACCUUCCUCUCUUUCCUCCGUCCUUGCCUUCCCCUUCUUCCCUCACCUUCCUCUCUUUCCUCCGUCCUUGCCUUCCCCUUCUUCCCUCACCUUCCUCUCUUUCCUCCGUCCUUGCCUUCCCCUUCUUCCCUCACCUUCCUCUCUUCCCUCCGUCCUUGCCUUCCCCUUCUUCCCUCACCUCCUUCCUCCCUUUCCUCCAUCCCUCCCUCCCUUCGAAACUCAACUCAGAGAAUCACAGUAAUCAAAACCAAAUGUCUUUUUAAUAAUACUCAAAAUAACACAGAAUAUGCAGGGAAAAAACUACCCGAAUUUUUCCCCCAAAACCUCCGCCAUGAAUGCAAAAGAAUAAAAAAUGUCGUAGAUUGUUGAGAAGUUUUUUUAUUAUUACUUAUCCGCAUUAGAGGUUAUAAAAUAGCAAGUUCCCUAAUUACUGCACACACCUGUCCCUCACCUUACCUUACCUUACCUGACGACGCAGGUAUGUCUGCACCUGUGUGUGUGUGUGUGUGUGUGCGUGUGUGAGAGUUGUUGAUCUUGAUAUUUGCACCAAGCACCUCCUCUCUCCCCUCCUUCACCCCCUUCACCCCACCCUUAUCCCCUCCCUCAUCCUCCAUUCCCCCUCCCCGCUCUGCCCCGCCCCCCUCCCUCUGCACAGUACGGCGUCCAUCCCCCCUACCCCCUAACCCCCACCCCCCCCUCCCCCCCAAGUUACGUAGCCCCUGCCUGGGAGUAACUAUAUAUUCACUAAAGGAUAAUGAUGGGUUUAGUUAGGUGUGAAAACCACUCUUGUUUUUUUCUAAUAUAUAUAAAUCUUUUAACUUGUAUUUUUGUAAGCGGGAAAAGAACGUGUCUGUACAGAUUUCUAGCUUCUGUCAUUAGUGAUUUUUUGCAGUGAUUUAGAGACGAAGAAGAAAAAUAAAAGCAAUGUAAAAGGAAAAUAUUUAGUUGGAGUAAUUAAGGCGAACUAUAAUAAUAAUAAUAAUAAUAAUAAUAAUAAUAAUAAUGUCUCCAAAAAAUGUCAAAGAAGUAAAAAAUGUAAUUGUUUGAUUAUUUUUGUCAGAAUGUAUUUAUAUAUUAUUAUUUUUUUGUAAGACACUUUAGGUUGGGUUAUGAUCAAAGUUUAGGAUUCAUAGAGCCGAGUCACGUGACGUCACUUCCUCAUGUGAGUCACCGUAGCAGACUCCGCGCCGUGAGUCAUUCUGAGUCACUGAACGUUUCUAUUAGCGCUGCCGACCGAUAGUUUUUUGUAAGUCAUGACUCAUUCAACCCUAGCCAAGCGAUCUUCAUUUGUUUCCCGUGAGAUUGGAUCAUCUUUAUUCAUCUCUUUUUUUUUUUUAACCCAAACUGUCUUAUGCAAUCCUCGUAUCCUUUAAGACUCGAUCCUAUUUUCCCCAAUCCUCAUUACCUAUAAGACUGGAUCCUAUUCCCCCAAUCCUUUUCUUAUAAGGUUGGAUCCUCCUUUCCCUGGUCCUCGUUUUCUCUAAUACUGGAUCACCAACAUUCACUCAGAUUUUGAUCCUUAUAUUCUGAUCAUUUUUUCUCUCUCCUUCAUUCCAUCUUCAAUUCUCGCAAUUUUGGAUCGUCUACACACAUUACUUCUCGAGAUUAAUUCCAACUCGACUUUCUUGUGUUUUUAAUAGGGUUUAAUCGUUUAUAUUCACACGGUUUUGCUCUGCCUCUGAGACCGAUCUUCAUUUGUUUCCUGUAGGAUUCGAUCGUCUGUAUGGAUAAGUUCUUAAACCUGUUCCUAUAUAUGUAUGUAUGUGUGUGUGUAAACUACUUUCUAAUAUCUUAUUGUAUGGUUUACUAUACUUAUGGUUACUAUUAUUACUACUGUUAUGAGCACUACUAUUAUUAUUACUACUGCUACUACUAUGAUUACCACCACUACUAUUACUUACUACUACUAUUAAUGCUAUUACUUAUUAUUAUUACUGUUAUUGUCUUUAGUUAAGGUUUGUAGCUGAUAUUUAUUACUAUUUUUACUCUUGAGUUCCUAUAAGUUUAAAAGAUCUUCAUUGUAGCCUUUUAGUUUAUUUUUGUGUCUACUUAGCUUUUUGUCUCCCAUUUUUAAUCCUUCGUAAGAUCAGUAAGUUUUAAUGAUAUUCCUCGCACAUAAUAUUUCUACCCGCAGUCCUUUUUUUUUAAUAGAAUGAUAGUCUUACGUUUAAAUUCCCACUUUCUUCCCUUUAAAUCCCCUUCCUACAGUAUAAGUUCUUUCCACCAGUGACAUCAAGUAUAUAUGCAAGAAUCCUCCCCAUUUUUAUCCCCAUCCAUUCCCAACCUCACAUCCUCCCACAUAUGAAGUAUAGAUGCAGCCCUCCACGAUUCCUCUCCACACAGUUACCGUCCUUCUCAUCCCCUCCUUACCCCACCCUCACCCUCACCCUCGUCCCCACACCUCCCCACCUCCUCACUACCUCCCUCCACGUAACAAUCAUUCAACAUAUCACAGGAAAGCUAACUGAAGAUUUGCUCCUGUUCACCUCGAUGCUCACUUGUUUAACUUUAUUCUUAUUCCUCCUUAUAGUGUGACCCGUCUCUCCUUUUGACUCCUACGGUAUAUACUCUUCACUCGUUUUUUUUUCUCGUUCCUCUGCCUCUUCCCUAUAUACUGGCACGUCUUUUUCUUCGUCUUCUUCUUCCUCUCUUUCUUAAUCGUUUCUUUUCUUCAGUUUCUUCUCUUGCUAGUUCAAUCUUGUGUCUCUAUCUUCUUCUUCUUCUUCUUCUUCUUCUUCUUCUUCUUCUUCUUCUUCUUUUUUCAUAUACAGUGAUAGUCUAUUUUCAAUUUUCUAACAAGGCGCCUUUGCUACAAGUCGAUGAUUGGGACUAUUUUUGGACUCAGCAGCAAUAGUAACCACCUCCCCGCUAGUCUGGUUUGAUAGUUGGAUAGUUUUCAUGGCAAUAACAUUCUUCACCCAAAACAGUUUUAAUCCAUCGUUACUGUGAUUGGUUUCCCUUGAAUCUUUCUGGUGUGUCCGUAAAGUUUGACAUGUGUACUAUUUUUCAUUGUAUUGAUGGUUUAGGUUCUGUUAAUAUGUUUUUUCGUUUUUUUUUUUAUUGUUUUUUGUUUGUUAAUAAUUCCCUCGCUGCAAAACUUAACCGUAAUCAAAAAACAUAUGAACAGAAAAAACAGCGAAAUAAAAAAAAAAGAACUGAUUAACACAGUUCUCGAUUUUUACAUUUUCAUUUAUUUUCACCCACGUUUUUAGUUUCGUCUUUUAGUUGGUAUCACUGCGUGGGCGAGGAGCGGGCGUGCACCUUGUUCCUUUAAGCUAACAGGCGUUCCUUUAGUUACUGUUUCCGACGAUAUGCAAGAGUGUGAUUAUUGUUUUUAAUAUCGGCUACCGAGAGAGAGAGAGAGAGAGAGAGAGAGAGAGAGAGAGAGAGAGAGAGAGAGAGGAAAAACGUAUCUUUAUAUCUGUUCACAGCUCUCCGUUCCUUCCCAUAAUUAGUUCCGUGCUGUGAGCGAUAUUUGAAGCAACAAGGUAGUAGGAGACGAAGGGGCGCGGCGGUAUAUAUAUAGUUUUUUCCCAUUAAUUUAGCGAUCAGUUCCCACAAAGCUUCGUUCGUCAGCUGACCGACCCGAGUGGUAGUAGAUUUGGCAUCGCCGGAAAACCCUGUUAGUCGAGAUGUGGCACCACCGGGACGCCCCACGAGGAAGAGUUGCCAGGUACCACUAUAUAUAUUUUUCCCAUUCUCUGACGUGGGCAUCAAAUGAGUGACUAUUAAAUGCUUCCCUAAUAUCUGAAUCCACUUAAUAUGGAGGAAUUGAUAGCCACGAAUGUUGUUCAAGUCAAAAAAGGGAAAAUGAUGAAUAUAUCGGUAUUUGGCAAUUCUGUCUCUAAGAGAAUUUAGUGGUACUUGGCAACUUUGUCCUUCAAGAUAAACAAGUCCAAUUACUCAAGAUUUUCACACUUUUCAACGGGGCGUUUUCUGUGAUAUCAGUACAAACUAUAGAAAGAAAGAUAGAGCGAGAGAGAGCGAGCGUGAUAAGAAGAAAAAAUUAUAGAGGAGUGGAAAUGUAAAUAUAUAUAUAAUUAAAAAAAUACUUACUAAUAAUACCAGUAGAGUAAAUGCUAAUGCUAAUAAUGGUUGAAAGAAAGCAGAUGUUCUAUUGUCUUGUAUUAUAAAACGUUGUGACUUAGUAGAUCAAAAAACAAAGCAAACAGUGGCAACUAUUACGGCGUAGAGUUACCAAUUCGUUAUUUUUCUAUAUGGCUGAGUUUUUCUUGUCAGUAUUGCGUCCUGAGCCUAGACACAAAUGGACUUUUAUCUGGGAUUGUAAAAUAUUAUAUAAAGUCCGUAGAUUCCUCCUUACCAAGCGUUAAAGUUGCCUGUAUCUUAGGUUUUUCUAAUCGCAUGCAUCUCGUCAGAUUUAAUAAUACUCUCGACAGAUAGAAACCACGUAGAAACCGAUAGAAAACUUCAGGAAGAGAACCUCGUCUACGUUAUCUAGUUGACUUACCGUAUUCCUUUUGGGUGUUAUUUAAUCUUUAAUUGCGUUAUUGUUGCUGAUAUUUGCGUGUCUUAGUUGUGUUUAGAGUCUGUUGUCAGCGUUUAAGCGACUGUAAGGCUGCAGCGUGGAGUGCGCGAACCGAGCCACCGACGUCCACCCUCAGAGUAUGUAUUAGAUUUUUACAUUUAUUUUUGUGCUAAUUACUAAGCGAACGUUAUCAUUACCGUUGUUAUGAUUAGAGAAGGUACCCGAGGACAGUGAGGUGUGUAGAGGUGAGGGAAAAAGUGACACAAGGGAAGGAAUGGACCCUGGCUAGAGUAAUUUGUUUCCAAGGUCAACAAGCCUCACAACCUUAACCUGUGUUCACAAAGCAGGUGUGGGGGUCGUUAAUGAGUUAUGUACAGGUGUGAAUGCUGCUCUAAGGCACGACAGGUAACAGGAAACCUCACAAGGACAGCUACCUAUAGAUUUUGUAAUUAAAUUAAACUGUUUAGUCAUAUGCAGCACCUGUUAAUUAGAAUAUAAAGGUAGAUCUAGAUUUCACUUCUACCUGGAGAAGUGUUUUCAGGUGAAUCCAGGUAGAAAUAAUUAACAUGUAUUUUCCUUACUGUCCACCUGUAUUACUGUUAUUAUUACUAUUAUUAUUAUUAUUAUUAUUAUUAUUAUUAUUAUUAUUAUUAUUAUUAUUAUUAUUAUUAUUAUUAUUAUUAUUAACGCACGUGCAGGAGGUUGGAUAUUGUAUAGAAAAAAAAAGGACUCAGGUGUUGAUAAUUAAGUCAGUCAGUAAAUCAGUCAGUCACGCGGUGCUUGUUAUGUAGUUAUCAGUCAAGACUUAUAAUCGCUAACAGCAGAACAUAGACAAAAAGAAGUUAACAAAAUAAAGUAGCGUUUUUAAUCUACUUUUUUAAGAGCGAGUAGUUGAAAUUCUUUAUAUUUUUUAUACGACUAAUGUUAAAAAAAAGUCUGAAUAUUCCGUCGCUUUUAGUAUUGUUGGUUUAGAUUUUUUUUUUUUCCUUUUUCGUUUAUUUUUGUUUUGGAUUUCAUUUUUUAUUGCGUCAUUCAGAAGUGGCCGCCCGCGAAUAUUUGAUAGUGAAAGUCUUUUAGUUUCGUGUGUGUAUGUUUGUCUGUGUUUUUUCGUGUGUGUGUGUGUGUGUGUGUGUGUGUGUGUGUGUGUGUGUGUUUGCGAACAACUUUUUAUUUGAUCUCUCAUUUUUACAGGAAAGCAUUUUUGAGUAAAGUUUAGUGAAAAAGAGUAAUGUAGGAUUAUUUUUUCUACGCCAUCAUAUUCUUUAGUUCAAAAUUUUAGAAAACCUCGAGAUAUUACAUUUGAUUUUCUUCCGUAGUUUUUCUGUUUCACUUGUAUAAUUUAGCAACACACUCAUUGUUCUCCUGUUGAUUAAGUACCAUGUAACUAAAAGUAUUAUUAAUGUUAACGCGCAGCUAGAAUAAUUUUUACACUUAAUUAAUGAAAGCAAAUUGACCAACUACCGAAUGCGUUUUCUAUAGCUAUAGCGAGACUCCCGUUUUCUUUAUCUGUGAGGGAAGCUACUACAUUUCUUUCUUUCAUUUUUCAUUUACUUUUUUUUUCUUUUUUAUGUAUUCAAGAUAUUACAGGAAAAAAAAUGGGCUUAACGUUUGAUUCUUUAUUUUUUCAAGUAUUCAUCUUAAAUUUGAUGAACGUUGCUGGUGAGAGAGAGAGAGAGAGAGAAUCAUCGUUCCGUAGCCAUUGUAAAGAAAAAGAAAAUAUUAUGUCAUUAUAUAUUUGCGAUACGAUAUAUUUUCAUCUUUUUUCUAUACUUCUCAGUAAGCCUGCCUUGACUUUUAUCUCCAUAAUUAGGAAACAUCUAACAUACAUAUACUGUUGUUAUCCACUUGUUAACGACUUUUCUUCGUUUUCACAAAUCUCUUUCGUUUUCCAAAAAUUUCCAAGAUAUUCUCAUUUUCUUCUGCGUAGCUUUCUUCCCUUUCAGAAUUUUCCCCUUUCCCUCCUUUUUAUCCUUUCCCAACCUCCGUUUAUCCUUUUCUUUCCCUGCAUCUAUCUCUUUAUUCUAGAUUUCACUCUCUCUCAAUUCAUCAGUGAGGUCUUUUUCAUUUUCUUUUAUCUUCGAUCUCUUUCCUUAUCAAUAUCUUCGUUAUUUAUUUGAAAGAAACACAGACGGAAGAAAUAUAAAGAAGUUGAAUCCGUUUGUUUAUUUCCAAUCAUACGUAUUAAUCUUUUUAUAUCGUAUGUCGUAAUUUUUCUUCUCGCUUCCCUCUCUAUUAAGCCCUGCUCUUCGUUCCUCUCUUUCCCUCACUUUACCUUUCCCUCACUCUCCUUCCUCAUCCCUUUAAUAUUUUGUCUAAUUUCUCCUCCUCCUCAAUCACCUCCUCCUCCUCCUCCCAUUCUUCCUCUCCUCCUCCUCCUCCUCCUCCUCCUCCUCCUCCUCCUCUCAUCAUCUUCCCCAGUUUUCAUGUUACUAUUUAAUCCACGAAUAAUGUCCUGUUGUCCUUCUUAUUAGUCUUCUUAUUGAUAUUGUUCUUCCUUUUGGUCUUCAUCUCCAUUUUGUGUAUCAUGUUGCGUAACGUUGACAUGACAUAACAUAACAUAACGUUUUUUGCAUACCAUUCACAUCGGUCUAUUGAUAUAUUCGCCUGUUAACGCCCCCUUCCCCUUAUCCCUCCCCCUCCACCCCCCCAACCACCAUGUGCUGCCUGUUUACUUUGCCUCCUCCACCACCACCACCACCACCACCUCCACCACUACCACCACCGCCACCACCACCACCACCACCACCAAAAUCAGGUUCUCUUAAUAGUAAUUUAGUUCAAGAAUCCAUACAUGUGCACCAUUUACCAAACGUACAUGCCACCAAAACGUACAUAGAAUUAUACGUACAUACAUAUGUACGUGCACACAUACAUAACUCAACGGAGGUAAAUGUGUGUGUGUGUGUGUGCGUGUGUAUGUGUGUGUAUGUGCGUGUGUGUAUACUUCCGGUGGCGUGUACGUGCGUGUGUAUCUUCGACAGGUGUGUGUGUGUGUGUGUGUGUGUGUGUGUGUGUGUGUGUGUGCGUUUGCGUGGUGGGGGAGGGGGGUGUAAGGCUGUCGCAGGUUGGGGGGGAGGGGGAGGGGGUAGGGGGCGUACCCUUCUCCCUUGCAAUAAGAAGCGAGCAAUAAGUUCAAGAGUCCUGAACUUGGCCACUUAUUCACGCCCUUGGGGUUCCCUGAUGCACUUAAAUGACCCUUUGACCCCUAUUUGACCCUUUGUUUUAGCGUUCGUUUUCCUCAUUUUUAGCAUUUUCUUUUCCAUUUAUCAUUAGUUUCCAUUUUUUUUCUUCAUGGUAAAGUUUCUCCUGUAUUACUAUUUUCUCCCUUUUCACAUUUUUUUCAUUAAAUAUUUUACCCUUUUUUGUUUUUUUUCUUUCCCUCUCAUCAUUUUUCCAUUUUCACUCGCUAUGUCAUUUUUUCCUCUUCAUUUCAUCAGUGUAUGCCUCCCUUUUUUACGUUUCCAUGACGUUCACCAGGUGUUCUUAUAUUAUACAUUUCUAUUUUGUUUUUUCCUAUAUUCUUUUAAUUUUUUCUAAUGUUUAUUUUGUAUCCUCUUUUACUGUUUAGUUUCCUGGUUUUGUCUUUCCUUUUUUUUUUUUUUACAUAUUCCUUUAUUUUAUUCCCGCCCAUAUCCUCUUUUUUUUAAUCCUUACAUAUUCCGUUAUCUCAUUCCCGCCCAUAUCCUCUUUUCUGUUUACCAUUUUCUUUAGUUUUCUCCCAUUUUCUUUAUCGACUCCCCUCAUCUACCUCUGUCCCCUUUUACCCCUCGUCCUCCCCUUCUUCCCCUCGUUUUGGGGUUUCGUCCGCGCCCGCACACGCGCUAAAUUGUGGAGGUUUGUGUAUGUAUUCAUGUGUGUGCGCGUGUGUGUAUGUGCGUGGACGUGCACACACACCCCCUCCCCUCCCCCCCGUCCCCUUACCUCCCCACACUUCCCCUCAGAGCAAUAAGAGGCGCAUGUUCAGGGGUUUAUAUUGAUGGAUAAAGUUAGCAAUAGGACCUGUAAAUAUAUUGACGCAAAAAUAAUAAUAAUAAUAAUAAUAAUAAUAUUAAUAUUAAUAAUAAUAAUAAUAAUAAUAAUGAUAUGUGAUCCCCCCUUCUCGUUUUAGACAUGUUUUACUUUGAAGGCGUGAGCGGGAGGGAGGGGGGACGAUGAUAAUUAAGUAUAAAAAAUGAAUAAACUACUAUAAUAUAUUUAGCCAUUAAGACGUGUUGUGCUGACGGGACCCCCCUUAAAAAACUGACAUUUUUUGGGUAGGGGGGUCCGCGGGGGUCGCCUGGCAUUCGUGUUUACCUAUACUGCCUAACUUUGAUUUAUUGUGAGGCUAAAACGUGAUUCUUAUGUGCAUUGUAUAAAAUUCACCCCCUCACCCCUCUGUCCCCGCACCCCACAGCCCCGGAGGUCACCCCACCACCACCACCCCACGCAAACUUCGCCCAACCCCUUUACGGAGCACCCCACCUCACCCCCGCCUCGCCAUUAGGGCCCAGGGCGGUGAUCUGGGGUGCUGGGGUUGAGCGAGGGUGGAUUUUUAGGGUAGUUUUACUUGUUCUUUGGGGUUGGUUUUCGGGGUCCGGGGAGAGGCUUGGCUGAGGUUAGCUUUGAGAACUUCAAAUGUAGGCGCUCGUGGUCAGCGCCCUGGGGUCUGUUCUUAUAUAUGCUACGCGUUAAGAUAACACAUGGUAAUACAAUAUGAUAAUACUAAACCUGAAAGAAACAAAUAAAUAUGUAUUGUCCACAAAAUGUA